GCGGAGGGCGGGCCGAGCGGCGCCCAGAACGGUGACCGGUGUGCCAUGAGGUCGCUGAGGGUGUGGGUGCCGCUGCUGCUGGCCACGGCAGUAGCCGCCGAGUACCUGGACAGGGGACAGGAUCGACUGUACCGGGACUGGAGGGGGCUCCAAUACGGCUGCCGGUGCGACCCUGUCGGCUCGGUACACUCCCGCUGUGACAUCCGAACAGGACAGUGUGUCUGUCAGCCGCACGUGACAGGACUGGCAUGUGACCGCUGCAAGGCGGGCUACUACGGCCUGCGGCCGGGUGCGGGCUGCCGCCGCUGUGACUGCGCCUCGCCGGGCUCUGCGCCCGAGGUGUGUGACCCGGAGACUGGCCGGUGCCUGUGCCGGCGCGGGGUCGGCGGCGCGCGCUGCACCGCCUGUCUGCCCGGCUACUUUCUGCUCUCCAGCUCCGGCUGCCGCGAGUGCGGUCCGUGCGACCUGCCGGGUCACCUGUGUGACCCCGACACGGGUCACUGCACCUGUCCACCGCACACAGUCGGCGCCGCCUGUCAGCUGUGUGAGCCGGGCUACUGGGGCCACCACCCCACCGCCGGCUGUAGGAAAUGCGCCUGCAACCAGACGGGCUCAGUGUCCGUCCACUGCGACUCGUGGACGGGCCGCUGCGGGUGCGCCGGCGGCUUCGGAGGUCCCAGGUGCGAGCGCUGCUCGCUGGGGUUCUACUCGUUCCCCCGCUGUCGGCGGUGCCAGUGUGACCCGGCCGGGACCGCCGGCUGCGACAACGAGGGAAACUGUCCCUGCGACCAACAGGGACGCUGCUACUGCAAGACGAAUGUUCGCGGCGCCCGGUGCGACCAGUGCGCGCCCAACACGUUCGGUCUGAGCGCCGACAAUCCGGACGGCUGCACGGCCUGUUUCUGCUUCACCAGGAGUGGACAGUGCUCGCAGGCAGAGUUCACCUGGGUGCCGCUGACGCUGCCCGACAAGCGUUCCCUGACGCUGGGUCCGGGUCAGACGCGUCUGGACAUCAUCAACACGCUGCGGGUGAUCCCGGAGCGGAGCGGGGAUGUCCAGCUGGGGCUCGGACAGCCGCUAGACACGCCUGUCUACUGGGAGCUGCCGCCACAGUUCCUCGGCGACAAGGUCCGCUCUUACAACGGUGAACUGCGGUUCCGUCUGCGCACUGAGGGCGGUGUGCGGCCGUUCCCCGCCGCCGUCCUGGCCUCCUACCCGCUGGUGCAGCUUCAGGGUCACAGCCGGCUGGUGCUGGAGUAUUUCCCCGAGGACGACCGGCCAGGCCCCGACGGCCUGCACACCGUCAGGUUCCACGAGUCGCUGUGGCGCCGGAAGGGGGACGGCUCGGCCCCGGUCAGCCGGGAGACUCUGAUGGUGGCGCUACAGAACACCACUCUGGUGCUCGUCAGGGCCACGGACGCCAUCGACACACGCAAAGCAGAGAUAUGGGACAUCAGUUGGGACAUGGCCGAGCCGACGUACGGCCGGCCGGGCGACACGGCGCUGGGCAUAGAGCGCUGCGCCUGUCCGGCUCAGUACAGCGGCUCCUCCUGUCAGGACCCGAGUAUAGGGUUCUACCGAACAUUUACCAGCGAGGAGCGCAGCAGUCAGAUCAUCAUUGACCUGAUUGGGGACGUGGCAGAGUGCCAGUGUAACGGCCGAGCGACCACGUGCCACCCGGACACCGGAGUCUGCCAGAACUGCACCUCCAACACUGCCGGCCGGAACUGCGAGCUCUGCGCGGUCGGCUACUAUGGGAACCCGGCGGACCGCGGCGGCUGCCGGCGCUGCCUCUGUCCCACCGAGACCGUCUCCAAUGCCGUGGGCUGCACAGGGGACUACAGGGUGGCGUUCCGGUGCCAGUGCCUGCCCGGCUACUACGGCCAGCGCUGUGACCGGUGCGACUACGGCUACUACGGGGACGCCCGCGACCCAUCUGUGGGCUGCGUGCCGUGCGGCUGUGACCGGGCCGGCAGUGUGGCCGACCACUGCGACCCGACCACGGGACAGUGUCCGUGCCGCGCCGGCCGCACGGGCCGCGACUGCACCGCCUGUCCGCCCAGACACGUGCAGACGGCACGCGGCUGCCAGGCGUGUGAGGACGGCUGCGUGGGUCUGCUGCUGGCUGACCUGGACGCGCUGUCCGAGCUCGCUGCCGCCGUGGACGUGCCCUCCUCGGCCGGCGCCCCCUGGGACACCCUGUACACCAUCAGUAACGAGACAGAGCGACUGGACGAGGAGCUCACUGAGUACAUUGGAGUCAGAGUCGGCCUACAGGCGCUGAACGACUCCUUCGACCUGGACACGAUGGCCGAAAACCUCCUGGUGCAGUCCGAAAGUUUCGUGUCAUCUCUGCCGAACAAAUUGAGCGAAACAGAAGAGCUGCUGAACCAACUGAAAGCCAUCAACGACUCUGUCGCCGAAGCAAAGGCGAUGAUUGAUGGCACUAUGGCGGACCUGGAGCGGUACAUGGGCGGCGGCUCGCCGUCCACCAGCGUGGACCAGGCGCUGCGCGAGGCCUCCGCUAUCCUGGAGGAGCUGCGGCGGCGGAACUUCACCAACGCCCAGCGGAGGGCGGACGACGAGCUGGCGGAGGUGGGCCGGCUCCUGGACAGGGUGCGCGCCCUGGAGCCGAACGGCACCGCCCUGAGCGAGCCGCGGACCAGGCUGGAGCGGCUGCAGGAGAAGCUGCAGGACAUGGGCCGGCUCAUAGAGGGCGCGCGGCAAACCGUCACGGAGACUGAGGCGCUGCUGGACGAUCUGAGAGCCCGACUGCUGCGCCUGGAUCAGCGGAAGCAGCUGCUCAGCAAUGAGACUGAGGCUGUGGAGGGUCUGCUAGCCAACAGCAGCGACGCACUGCUCCCGCUUAGGAGGCUGUACGAUCAGGCGCAGGGACAGACCAUCGACCUGACGGACCUGCGGGACCAGCUGCAGCGGGUGUCUGCGAACGACUCGGAGCUGCAGCGGCGGAUGGCCGAGCUGUCCCAGCUCAGCCCCGACUUCGUGCAGGAGUACCUGCUGCCGGCCGAGGCGCACGCCGCCCAGCUGAACCAGCAGGCCGAGGAGCUGGCCAGUCUGUUCCAGGGGACUCGCCAGGGGGCUAACGCGUCGCUGGCGGCGGCCCGGGCCUACCAGGAGAUAGUGGACAUCCUGGAGGCCGCGAACGAGACAGCCAGAGCCGCCAACCAACAGGUGGGGCUGGUUGAUACUGCAUCGCUGACUUCACAAGGAGAACAGGCCAAAGAUAAAUCGGAGGAGCUUCUCAAGGCGGCCGAACAGCUGGGACGCCAGGUGAAUGCAUUAUCCGCUGACCUGGCCGGCAACAAGACGAGUCUGCAGAGAGUCAGCGACGCCGUGCGAGAUGUCCGGAGUCAAAAUGAUGUCAUUCAACGAGAACUGAAACAGCUCAACUCUACCGAGCUGGCCCGCUCGGUGGCCGCUGCGGCGGAGCGGGCGCGCGCCGCCCUGGCCAAGGCGGCGGCGGUGGACGCGCGGACUGGGGAGGUGGAGAGCGGGCUGCAGUCGGAGCUCCGGCCCGGCCUGGACAAGCUGCAGCGGCAGUCGGAAGCCGGGGUCAACGACGGACUGCAGAUGGUGGACGAGGCGGCCGAGAUCAUCAGCGAGGCGGCCAAACUGGCGAUCCAGGUGGAGGAGAGGGCGGACUCGGCGACCCAGUCCACUAAGGACGCCAAACUGCAGCUGGAGCAGCUCAAAAACAAGAUACUGAAGACGCGCCAAGCAGCAUCGAAGAUCCGCGUCUCUCUGACCUCGAACGGCACAUCGUGUUCGCGUCGGUACCGUGUGUCGGAACUGCAGCCGGGCGCCACGUCUGCGCUCCGGCUGCGGUACGCCGUCUCCGAGCCCGCCAUCACCGACGCCCUGCUGCUCUUCAUUGGAGCGACGGGAAAGAGUGACUUCCUGGCGGUGGAGAUGGUGGACCGCCGUGUGCGGUUUCUGUGGAAUAACGGCGGCUCCACGCAGUCCGUCAUUCACCCGCUGAAGCUGGAGACGAACAAUGAGCAGCUGCUGUGGGACGACCGCUGGUACAGCAUCGAGGCCACCAGGAUCGGCAGCCUGGGCCGUCUACUGGUGCGUCCGAUGGAACCUGGCGGCGGCGGCGCCGACCCGUCCCCGGUUUCUGCAGCCGCCACGGACGGCCUCACGGUCCUGGAGCUGACCGGAGAGGACCCAGUGUUCAUCGGCGCGCCGCGGGACCGGCCGCUGCCGGCGCCCGUCACCGCCGACAGAUUUGCCGGCUGCCUGGAUGACGUCUCGAUCAACGGCCAGACGCUGGGUCUGUGGAACUUCCAGGAGACGCGCGACUGCGGCGCCUGCCGCACUGGUCCCAGAGCCGACGAACUGGCGGCGGCGCCGGAGAGCGCGUUUGACGGUGAGGGGUACGUGGAGCUGUCCCCGCUGGCCAGUAGCGGCCAGCGCCGCAUUUACCUGCCCGCCAGUCUGUGGAUGCGCACCUUCGACCCCGACGCACUGCUGCUGCUCGUGGCCAACGAGAAAAAGGGUCAGCUGUUCAGUCUGGAACUGCGCGAUGGAUUCGUCGUGUUCCGGGUCGCCUUCAGCAAGAAUGCCGAACUCGUGGUUAAAUCCAAACAAAGGCAUAAUACGGGCAACUGGACGCAAAUUGAGGCAACUUAUUAUGAGAAGGAGGUCCUACUGAAGGUGAACGGUGACGGUCCGAAGGGCACGUUUAACCCGGUGGGCGGCGACAGCCCGCCCGAGCUGGCCCUCUACCUGGACACCUCCAAGCUGUACGUGGGCGGGGUGUCGCCCGACUUUGACCGUCGGCCGUGGUCGCAGCUGACCUUCGUGCCGCUGCUGGGCUGUGUGCGGGACGUGCAGAUCGACACGGCCCAGAACCUGAGGAGCGGCAACUCGACCGGCGUGACCAACGGCUGCACCGGACAGGAGCUGAGGACUGUGAGUUUCCAAGGCGACGGCUACUUGGAGACGGACUCGUACCGUCUGAAGAGGAACGCCAGUUUCGGCCUGUCGUUCAAGGCAGACGCCCCGGACGGCCUGCUGGUGAUCUCAACGUUUGCCGGCCAGUCUGCAGCCGGCUCUGCCGACCUGUCCGAGGUGUACUCGCUCCGUCUGGUGGGUGGCCGCCUGGAGCUUACCGUGGACGGCGGUACCGGACUGCUGAACAUCACCUCUGAGGGCACCUACAACGGCGGCGGCCGCUUCCACACCGUCAGCGUGCUGAAGACGUCCCGCAGGAUAGAGCUGCUGGUCGGUGACCAGUCGGUGGGCUCCGGUCAGCUCGUACCGGGCUCCUCCGGUGUCCGGGUGCCGGCGCGCGGCGGCCUCUUCCUCGGAGGGGUGCCCGCGGAUCUGGGCCCGCAGCUGGGCGGGCCGCCCGCCUUCCGAGGCUGCCUCACUGACGUCAUACUCGGAGACAGACUGCUGGUAUUCGAUAGCCCGCUGCGCUACGAGCGGGCCAAGAUCGGCCGCUGCAGUGACGGCCGCCGGCGCAGCACCCCCACCGACCAGAUGGCCACGGAGCCGGCUCCUGACCGCUGUCACCAGCCCAGACAGGUCACCCUGGCGGACAGAGCCCUGAAAUUCGGGGACGGCCCUCACAGUCACGUAUUUCAGCAAGUCAGUAAGAAGGAGCUGCAGAGGAAGAACUUUAACGUGUCAUUGAGCUUCAGAACAUUUUACCCUAACGGUCUUCUGUUAUACAAUGAGCGGAGGAAGCGACAGGCCCACUUCGUGCUUAUGUUGCGAAACGGAGCGGUGAUUUUUAACGCCACUCGCCGAGCUAAGACAAUGGAGCUGACUGCGGGCGGUCAUCUGAACGACGGCACAUGGAAACGGGUGACGCUGACGAAGCGCGGCCGGCGCUACUCACUCGCCGUGGACGGCGGCCCGGAGACCUCUGCGCGCGGUCUGGGCCGGCUGCCGGCCGGCAAUGGUCUGUACGUGGGCGGUCUGCCGCAGAGCUCGUACGGGGACCAGCAGAGCCUCGGCAACGAGCGGCUCACCACGCUACGAACGGAGAGCUUCAAGGGCUGCAUCCGGCAGCUGGCAGUGCGCCAACGCGUCUACAACCUGACGCUGCGACAAAAUACCUCGCUCAAAGUGGCACAGUGUAACGCCCAUGUUGAGCAGGGCACCUUCUUUGGCGGCGACGCCUUCGCCACAUACGACGACAGUUUCCAGCUGGGUGACGAGGUCAGUCUGGCGCUGCACUUCCGGACCACAGCGCUAGACGGGGUGCUGAUCAGCGUCAGCGGCCCGGACGCCCGGCCGGCGCUGGCACUGGAGCUGCACGACGGAGAGGUGGUGUUCUCAGUCCAGAACGGAAGCAAGGAGCCCAUCAGGGCCCGCAUGAAGUUCGCUACCCGGUUCGCCAUGUGCGACAACCGCUGGCACACGGUGAAGGCCUACUACGUCCAGAACCAGGCCCGUCUACGUGUGGACAAGUACCCAGAGACGUACGGCGUCAAAAAGGACUCGGGACGAAUACUGACCGGCCGGUUCCCGCUCUACAUCGGCGGACUGCCGUACUCCAGCGGGCCGGUAAAAUCGAUUCUGUUGCAGCAGGAUAACUUCAGGGGCUGUAUCCGCAACAUUGAGAUCAACAAGCGGCGCCGCGACUGGACGGACAUGACGCAGCUUACCAAUGUGCUGCUCAACUCGUGCCCGGUCGAGGCGCGCUGAGUGCUGAGUGCCGGUCCGCGCUGAGUGCCGGGACGCGUCUGGUGCCGGGGGGGGGGGGGGUCAGACGGUGGGUGCUGUCGGACUGAAUGAGGGAGUGUUGACGAAGUGCAGGGUGUGCGGCUCUGUUGGUAUGACGCUACAAACGGGUAGGUAUGACAGUGUUCGGACGUAGCUCGUGCUUUUACCGGUAUCGUGAUUUGUUUUAUUAUGUUACACCGUAUGAAAUGUAAAUAAUAAAUGUGUCUCGUUUGCGAUAA